UGCAGCUCUCCCAGAGAGCGAGGAGUCGCAGUCAUGGCCGAGUGUGAGCUGAAAACUGAGAUCUGAACAUGAUGAAGGAGCUCUGACUCCUCUGCUCCUGCUCCAGUCUGCUGCUCCUCUGCAGGAGGACUGAAGAGGAGGUGGAGGAGGAGGAGGUGGUGGUCCACCAUGGCCGAGCCCCUGCUGAAGAGGACCUUCUCCAGGCUGAGAGGCAAAGACAGAUCCCGCAGAAAGACCGACCCCAAACUGAGCGAUGUUACAGUGAAGCCUGACACUGUCCUCCAGACUUCUUCUUCACCCUCAUCACCAUCGAUGGUGACCACCAGAGCAGCAGCAGAUCCUGACCCGCCCUCACCGCCACACAACCACAUCACAGUCGCUAAGAAACAGUCGUGGGCACGACAGGGCUCUGCGGCUCCGCCCACCACCAUGCUCUCAAGCUCCACCCACACUAGAACCUCUGACCGGGAGCGACUAUCAGGGACGUCCCAGGAUGCAUCUGGGCAGGUGUGGAGUCAGAGGCUUGCGCAGGAAAAGAUGGAGCAGUGUGGUGACAGGAUGUGCGUCAGUCUGGCCCGGGAUAUGACCAGCAUGUCCUGUGUUCCCGCCACUUCAGUGUUAGUCCACCAGGAAGCCCCCCAGCCGCCAGGGAUCUCUCCUGGUGUCCCCACCACCUCCAUCAGCACCAAGUCUGCCCAGCGCGCCUACCUGCAGAGCCUGGACCGCAGCAGCCGAGCCUGGGUGCUGUCUUCAGGAAAGACCCAGGCUUCAGACGAGGCCUGCAGGCUGCAGGAGGAGAGCAGCAACAACAUCUGGUAUAACCCGAUCCCUGAGGAGGAGGAUGCAGGAGGUCCACACAAGGAGGAGGAGAUAUGGAGGAGGAGGGAUGAGAGGGAGGAGGGAGGAGCAACAAUGAGGGCGGGUCCGGGUGAUACCAGAGCAGAGCUGGGAGAUCCACAGGAGGGUGUCAAUCCAAGUGUCAGCCACCUUAUUGAUGACAUCACAACAGAAAACACAGAACAUCCUCAGUCAGACUCUAGCCCCGCCUCCCAGAAGAAAGGUGGCGUGUCCGGUAGUGUGAUUGACAGGCUGAGGUCUCCUGGUACAGUGAGGAAACUCUCGCUCAAGAUGAAGAAACUUCCUGAGCUCCGCCGCAAACUCAGCCUCCGCUCCUCCUCCCGGGCCCAUAGGCAGGGAAACGAUAGCAGAGGGGGCGGGGAUGAGUCGACCAGUAAGAAUGCAGCGUCGUCCUCAGCCUUGUCCAACCAGAAUGUGAUCAGCAGAUAUCACCUGGAUAGUUCUGCCCCUCCAACCAGACCGCUGCGGCGCUCAUCAAGAGGUCGUUCUGCCAGUAAAGGAGGCUAUCUCAGCGAUGGAGACUCUCCUGAGCUGCUGCCACGGCAACAAGCCCCUCCCCCAACGACCUCCCAGGAAACAGUGUGCGACGUCAGCUCCUUCCGACUGUACGUGGGCUCUGACCCACAGAGGUGCAGCCAGCGGGUGACGGGCCUACUGACCGUCCACCUGAUGGGCCUGGAAGAGAUGAAGACCAGCAGGUCCGAGGGCAGUAAGGAGGUUUUCCUGGCCAUCCAGAUCGACGGGGUGACGAGAGCGAGGACCGCCCUCUUGACGCUGCGAAGCUCCGCCCUCUCCUUAAACCACGCCUUCCACCUGGAGCUGGAGCGAGCGCGCCAGCUGCGCAUCGUGGUGCUAACACCAGCGGCAGGAUCGAAACCAGGAAUGGAUCAGACGUCAGCCGCUCCAACCAGGAACAGAGUCUGCGGUCUGGGCGGAGUCUCCAUCCCCCCACUCUUUAAAGGGAGUCGCAGUCAGCAGCUGUGUGUGAAGCUGGAACCUCGAGGACUCCUGUACGUCAAACUGUCUCUGCAGGAGAGCUGGGACACACAGUCCAGCAGCGACAGCUCAGUGCCUGCUAAUGUGUUUGGGGUUGAACUGCACCACCUGGUGGAGAAAGAAGGAUGUGCAGCUCCGAUCCCUCUGCUGAUCCAGAAGUGUGUGUCAGAGAUCGAACGCAGAGGACUGAAGGUGGUGGGUCUGUACAGACUGUGUGGGUCUGCGGCGGUGAAGAAGGAGCUCAGGGAUUGGUUUGAGAGGAACAGCUCGGCCGUGUGUCUCAGCGAGGACCUCUACCCCGACAUCAACGUCAUCACAGGUAUCCUGAAGGACUACCUGCGGGAGCUGCCAUCUCAGCUCAUCACCAGGACUCUGUACGAGGUCGUCAGGGAGGCCAUGACGCUGAGACCUCCACCUUCACCACCUGCAGCCCCCGAUCCUCUGCUGGCCCAGAGCACCGUGGAUCUGCUGUCCUGUCUGCCGCCUCCAGAGAGAGCCACCUUGUCUCUGCUGCUGGACCACCUCAGCCUGGUGGCUUCCUUCAGCUCGUCCAAUCGGAUGACGCACCAGAACCUCGCCGUCUGCUUCGGCCCGGUGCUCCUCACUCCGACGCAGGAGGCCUGGAGGGUGGGAGGAGGAGGAGGAGGGAGGGGAGGUGCAAAAGGGCUGGGUCAUGGUGAAGAGAUCGCAAGUGCAGUGGAUUUCAAGCGACACAUCGAGGCGCUGCACUACCUGCUGCAGCUAUGGCCAGUGCCGACCCAUCGAGUCCCCACAGGCGACCACAUUGACGUCUCCAGCGCCGUCACUUCUCUCCCCCUGAGCAAACAGCAGCUGCGGAAUCCUGCGCUGCGAUUGGCUCUGCCCCAGACCACAGAGGAGGAGGUGGUGGUGUCACGUCGGGGUCGAGGAGGACUGGGUCGGCUGGAUAGCCCACCACCAAUCAACCGGUAUGCCGGAGACUGGAGCAUCUGUGGACGAGACCUCCUGUCGGGACAGGACGCCGACUACGACGAGGUGGCAGGAAGUGAGAGUGACGGAGGCAGUGGAGAUGAAGAGGAGGAGGAGGAAAAGAAGGAGGUGUGGUCUUCUGCAGGAGGAGGAGGUCUGUACGUGGACGAGUUCAUGGACUUUGACGCUCCGUUCAACUGUCGACUCAGUCUGAAGGAUUUUGAUACUCUGAUCCACGACCUGGACCGAGAGCUGGCCAAGCAGAUCAACAUCUGUCUGUAGAGGAGGAGGAGGAGGAAGAAGAGGAGGAAGAAGAAGAGGAAGAGGAGGAGGAAGAAGAAGAGCAAGAGGAAGGGGAGGAGGAAGAGGAGGAGGAAGAGGAAGGGGAGGAGGAAGAAGAAGAGGAAGAGGAGGAAAUAUUGGUUUCACAGUCUGAACUUGAAUUUUGAGUCUGAAUUUAAUUUGACUUCAAUCAGGUUGAAAACUUUAUGCUCAUUUCAGAUGAAUUGAGUCUAAAUUGUAAAUAAAGUUAUGUUUGUUUGCUCAAAGGUUCCUCGGCAGUCUUAAAGUUACUCACACAGCUCCAGCACAACACAGCUCUUAUGUCUGAAACUGACCUCAGACCAGCUGUUAGUUGGCCUCUGACCUCCUCUGAUCUCAAACUGAAAGACUUUCAGGACCAACAGCAGCGUUUCUGUCGUCUGAAGACUUCAAAGAAAGACGAGAAAACUUUAAUGAGGAAUAAAAAGUUCAAAUCCCGUAAAUAUGAGAACUGAAAUAAAUGAACGAGACGGAUUGGGUUCUUGUAGCGUCUCUGGAUGAUUCCUGACUCCUGACGAUCUGUCAGUCUGACGCUCUGCCAAAAUAAUGACAACAAUCAGAUUAAUUUAUUGUCUGAUCCAAAGAUACACGAGCGAAAACCUCCUCGGAACGUUUUAUUAUUAUUAUUAUUAUUAUUAUUAUUAUUAUUAUUAUUAUUAUUAUUAUUAUUAUUGAUGUACAGCUGUUUUAAAGACCCUCUGAAGUCACAGAAGUGAACUGAUGUUGUUGUUCUGGGUAUCAGGGUGGGUCCUGCUGGGUCCCGUUAUGGUCCUGCUGGGUCCCGUUAUGGUCCUGCUGGGUCCUGUCGGGUCCUACUUGGUUCUGUCAGGUCCUGCUGGAUCCUGUCGGGUCCUGCUGGGUCCUGUUGGACAGUAUUGGGGCUGUUUGCACUGUUGAAGCCAUAAUUUCACUUGCUGAAACUUUUAGUUGAAGAGAACAAACUGUAGAACUCGUCGCUCUCCUGCCUCAUCGCCCUACAUGUUUCCUUCAGGUCUCUGUGGGAUCUGUAGUUUUCUGUCAGCCCUGCAGGUUUUUGUCGCCCCCCUUUAAGAACCUGUGUGGAGGUGGAUCAGCAGAGUGACGUGGUCUCCAGCAGGUCAACAGUAUUUUCACGGUACAGAGUUUCUCACUGUGAGUGUGUGAAGGAGUCGAUGCCAUAUUCAGUGUUGCUGUUGUUGUUUUUUUAUUGUUGUUUUUUGACAGUAUUAUUUUUGUUUUGCACAACUUCAAUAAGCACUUCUGUUUUUUAGUGAUGAUGACAAUGUUUCUAUGCAGAUGAUGUAACCAAAGUGUUGAAGCACAGUUCCUGUUGGAACAGACCACAGUCUGUAUGUCUUAUAACCUGACCAACUAUUAAACACAUUAUUAUUAUUA